CAAAGUGGGCAGCCAAACCAAAGUAAGCCUAAAACAUAGCUGGUCAACCCAACACAUAAGAACGCACACUCCCAACUAUCCUAUAAUCUCUGUCGCUGUCUUUCUUAGUUUCUCACGAAAUGAAGGCGUCUUUGAAGGGCAGGUACGAAACAGACAAGAGCAGCGCCGCUGCUACUCUUGCUCUUAACGCCGGCGAUGUCAAGCUCCGAGCCUCUAUGACCGAUGCCACCGUUGUCAAAGGCCCCAGCUUGAACGGCUUGGUUCUAGCCGUCGAAAAACCUGGCUUCUUCAUCAUUGACUACAACGUCCCUAAAAAGGAUUUUAGAUUUCAGUUUAUGAACACGGUUAAGGUUGCGGAAAAACCCUUGAAUCUCACUUAUAUUCACAGUAGAGGUGACAACCGGACAAUAGUAGAUGGAACUCUUGUGGUUGAUUCAGCUAACAAGGUAUCAGCUAAUCACAUGCUUGGUUCGAGGAAUUGCAAGUUGAAGUAUAGUUAUGUUCAUGGAGGAGUGACUACGUUUGAGCCAUGUUAUGAUUUGGCAAAGAAUUCAUGGGAUUUUGCUGUGUCACGAAAAGUUUAUGGCGAUGAUGUGUUUAAAGCUUCUUAUCAGACAUCAAGCAAGGCUUUGGCGUUGGAGUGGUCAAGGAAUUCAAAGUUGAAUGGAAAUUUUAAGAUAACUGCAGCCCUCAAUCUGGCUGAGGAAUUACAAAUCCCAAAAUUAAGUGCCGAGAGCACAUGGAAUUUUGAGAUGUAACCUAUUCUUUAGUAAUCUCUAUUGUUUCAUUUACCCCUGGAGAUUUUAUACAGUAUUACAUCCUCUAUUUAUGUUUUAGCUGCUUACCCUGAUAGUGACAGCUUGAUGGAAUUCAUUGUUACAUGGCUACUUCCUCGUAUUGAAUCAUAAAUGCAGUCUAUUGUUUCAAAAUACAAAUAUUACAUUUUGGCAGUGCUGAUUUUUAUUUGUUAUGCAGUCUGUAUGGAGAUAGAAUCAAUAAUUAUUUCCUUGAUUUUUCUGAAGAAAUAAAGGAUAUAUGGGAUUGGAAAUGC